AUGCCUCGCUCCACGCCACCUGGAGCUGCGCCCACGCUCACGCCGCCUGGGGCCGCGCUGCCCAGCUCCCGCUCGCGCCACGUCUGUUCCAGCUCAGUGCCUCCUCCACCCACGCCUGCUCACGUUGCCGCCCGCGCGCUCCGCUCCACCCUCGCGCGUGCCUGCUGCGGCCGCCACUCGACCGCACCUGCGCCUGCUCCCGAGCCGCACGCCAACGCCACUAGCCGCGCCCGCCACUUGCUCGGCGCCACCAGCCGCGAGCUGCCGCACCAGCCGAGCCGGGUCCACGCCGGGCUGCCCUGCGCCAGCACCGAAGCCGCAGUCGCCGCUCAAGGCCGCCCUUGGGCGCGCCCUGCGCCCGCCGGCCUGCCGCCCAGGCGCUCGCCCGAGCCGCCCGGCCUACGCGCCCCUCACCGCUCCGCCGCGUACGCGCUGCCGCUCGCGCCAGCGCCCAAGCCCGGCGCCUGUGCUUGCUCGGGCCGGUGGAGGAGAGAGAGAGGGAUGCUGCCGCCAGUGAUUGGAGGAAGAAGUCAAAUAGAAGAAGAACAGAGAUAG